UUUGGCAAAAGGCAUGUUUAAUCGUUUUGAGUUGAUACAUAAAACCCUAAUUUGGCGCAAAGUACCAAUUCGAUUUUCGCAAGAUAGUGAGAAAGACGGUAAUGAGAGCAAUGGAUUUGUUCGGAGAGAUGGAGGAGCAGAUAACUUCGAUGGCUAUGGAAGUAGACGAUGGCGACAAUUUGGAUAUCUUAGCCGAAGGUCUCGUCACUGAGAGCAAACUCGUCGAUGCCGAAUUCUUCAACUCCUUCCAUGAUGAUUUCGAUGAUGCAGAUAUCAACUAACACCUUUUCCUAUUUCGUGUUUUCAUCUUCAUGAUGUUAGUUAAGAAAAGAUUAAUCACAAACUGAUGUAUUUUGUUUCUUGGAUUUUUGUUAAUAUGAUAUGAUAAAUUGAUUUCUGUUUUGUGAUUAAUCAACUCAAUUGUUAUGAAUCUUGCGAUUUAAUACGCUAGUGUUUUUUAUAUGUGAUUGAUUAUGAAUUUAGAAUUAGAAUUGUGAA